AUGGCGAUUAUCCUCAUUCUCAUUCUCGUUCCCGGCCUCGUUCGCGCGACGGCGCUGGAGCAGCUGAGAGAUAUGCGUCACAAGAUGCGUAUCGAGUUUGAGCGCCAGCGGAAGGAGCGGAACAUUGUCCGUCAAGGCCAGGACAUUGCCAACUCGCGCCUGGCCACCCUUCUGCAGAUCAUCAAGAUUAUGAAGACCAAGAUUGAGGCUCAGGACCUCCGCCUGGCGCAGUUUGAGCAGCAGCUGGCCAACGUUGCUGCCCGCAUUGGCCCUGCUCAGUUGCAGACAGAGCACCACGACACGCCCGCUCUCGAGCCCGCAUCCACCAUCGACUUCUUUGACGACGCCGCUGAGGAACCGCUCACCCAGCCGCGCCCAGACUCGAACCUCUCCUCUCCCAUCAUGUAGGUCUUUACUACGUCCGCCGCCCGAGAUGCAACCGCUCACCCGGUGACGGCAGCGACGCCCGGAAGACCUCACGUGCAAGUGCAAGGUCCAGCAUCAGCAGGUGGUACGCGUACCACGUCGCGAGCACAUCGCGCGCCUCCUCCGAGUACAGCCGCACAAAGUUCGACAGCCGCUCGGUGGCAAGAUCCACUUCGGAUGUGCCUGCCAGC